AUGUUAAUUCAUUCAUUCGCUUAUUUACGUCUCAUUCUUGUCAUUUUGCUAACUGAAAAUUCAUCGAUCAUCUUUGGUCGUCAAGUAUUUCUGAAAGGUGAUAUAAUACUGGGAGGUCUCUUCCCUGUACAUGAAGCAGGCUUCAAUGGUUCUGAGUGUGGAGUUCUGAAAGCAGCGCAAGGUGUACAACGACUUCAAGCAAUGCUCUAUACAUUAGAUUUGAUUAAUAAUGAUGAGACAAUUUUACCGGGCAUUUUGCUUGGUGCUCAGAUUCUUGAUACAUGCUCAGUUGAUUCGUAUGCAUUGGAACAAACUUUGGUAUUCAUCAAAACGAUAAUGUCGCAAGCGGAAGAGAUUUAUUGUUCCGAUGGUUCUAAACCCAUUUACCAGCAUCAUCCAGUUGCAGCUGUUAUUGGUGCUGCUAGCAGUCAAGUUUCUGUUAUGGUGGCAUCUAUGCUACAGCUAUUCAAAGUGCCUCAAAUAAGUUAUUCCUCGACAGGCACUGAGCUUAGCGAGAAACCAAGAUUUGCUUAUUUCUCACGUGUGGUACCACCAGACAAUUUUCAAGCCACUGCUAUGGCACACGUAGUCUCGGCACUAGGCUGGACUUACGUGCAUGCGAUUGCUAUAACUGGAGCUUACGGAGAACGAGGGAUCGAUUCUUUUCGUGCUGCAGCUGCAGAACUUGGGAUAUGCAUUGAUGGUGACGUUCAUAAGAUUAAUCGACGGUGGACAGAUAGUCAAUUCAAAGAGCUUUUCUUCAAAAUGAAGUACACAAAGAAAGCACGUGGUGUUGUAAUAUUCGUUGAUGAGGACCAAUUAAGGCGGAUGCUUUCAAGUUUAGAUGAUAUCAGACAUGAAGAUUCAACUUUUGAUAAUUACUUCUGGUGGAUUGCUAGUGAUUCUUGGGGGAUCAAACAGUCUGUUAUAACUGGUUAUGAAGCAAUGACCAGUGGAGCGGUAACAAUCUCACCUGAUCUUAAAGUUGUGCCAGAUUUUGACAGAUAUUUCAAGAAUUUAUGGCCAUCAAAUACAUUUCUUCGUGAAUACUGGGAAUUGAUUAACUGUACGGACGAACACAAUAAUUUCGGAGAAUGUUUUGACAAACAUGGCAUUACCUUUAAGCAAGAAGCUUACGUACCAUUUGUUAUCGAUGCAGUAAACGUUGUCGCUAGAGCACUUCAUCAAUACAUACAGACAACCUGUUCAUCACUGAACUUCCACAACUGCAAUAUUUCUAAAACCGAUUUCGAUGGAGCACGAUUGCAAAGUUAUUAUAGGAACGUUUCAAUUGAACCUGGUGUUCCACCGCAUAUUGACGCAAAUGGUGAUGGGAUUGGCAAUUAUAAUAUUUACCAAUUAAAUGAUAUGGGCUACUAUCAAAAUGUUGGCAAAUGGAUUGCAGGAAAGAAGCUUAAUCUAAAUGUUCGCCGUGUCAGGAAAGGAUUGAAAAGAUGGGAUGGUUCAUUACCGUUAUCAGUAUGCAGCACAGAUUGUCCACGAGGACACUACCGUGCUUAUCAGGAUCAGAAUUGUUGUUGGACUUGCAUACCAUGCGAUGUAUGUUUCCAGUGUCCAUUAGGUUAUGCACCUAAUGACGAUUUGGUUGCAUGCAAACUAAUACCACCAACAACAUUGGAAUAUAAUAGCCCAUGGGUAGUGCUACCAGCCAUAUGUUCUACACUUGGCAUAGUAGCAACACUUUUCGUUUUUGCAGUAUUUAUUCGAUAUAGCAGUACACCUGUUAUAAUGGCAUCUGGUCGUGAAUUGUGCUACUUCAUGUUAGCUGGAAUUUUAUUGUGCUACCUGGCAACUUUCAUCCUUGUAUCUAAGCCAAACGUGGCAAUAUGUGCAGCAUCACGAAUUCUCAUUGGCUUAUCAAUGUCUACCAUUUAUGCUGCAAUUUUAACCAAAACAAAUCUUUUAGCAAGAAUAUUUUUGAUGCAAAGUGUAGGACGUCUUGAUUGCAUUGUACCCAGUGCGCAGAUAGCAAUAUGUUGCGGUAUUGUAUCGAUACAACUGAUCGGUUCUUUAGUAUGGUUGAUUAUUGAUCCACCAGGUACCGCUAUAUUAUUUCCGUCACGAAAAGAAACAGUUUUAACCUGUAAAGCUAGAGCUUCUCAUUUGCUGAUUUCAUUACUGUACAAUAUGCUUCUGAUCAUCGCUUGUACAUUGUAUGCCUUUAAAACACGAAAAAUUCCUGAAAAUUUCAACGAAACACGAUUAAUUGGCUUCACAAUGUACAGUACGAGUAUCUUAUGGCUUUCCUUUGGACCAAUUUACUUUGCAACACAAAAUAAUUUCAAGGUAACAGAUUUAAUUAUUGGUUUUGAAAAAACAGUGCUUAAAUUUAACACUUUUUUUUUUCUGCAUGAUUUUUAG